AUGGCUUCGGCAACGGUACUACGAACCAAAGUAUAUCCCGGCCAAUACUUUAAACGCAAAUGGAAACACUGGUGCCCUGGUAGCGCCUCCUAUGGCCAGGUCUACAAUCCAAACGCUGGAACGUCUGACAAUGGUACCUCAUAUCGCGGCGGAGGUGGAAUCAACCCUGAGAUGACGACCGCGGAUGCUGCCAAUCCCAAUCCGACUGAGCAAGUCGUCGCUCGGGAAGGUGAGCGAGGUGGAAUGGACAUGGUCGUGGAGUUCCCCGAAACUCAAGAUGAACAAGAGACACGCCGAGAGGAUCAAAUGGACGCUUUAUACCAGCUGCGUGUACAGAGACGCCAACAAGCUGCCGACCGCGAAACCCGCCGUAAUGAACGACGAGCAGCACGAGCCCGUGGCGACUCGGUGCGACUCCAAGAACUUGCGGCAGAAUCUCGUGCUAGAAACAAUCGUGCUCGCGGAGAGAGCAAUACCUCACUCAGUGCAUCGGCUGUCAUUGCUGAGCAUCAAGCCCGCGAGCGAGAUCGACGUAUUUCCAGCGUCAGCUAUGCGGAUAUAGGGCAUGUCAGGCACGACGGGUCUCGUCUUCGAGCCGAUUCACACGAUUCAGAUCACCACCCGCUUCUACAGAAUGCCUCGCUCAACAUAUCAUCGCCUUCUCUGGUUGACCCUUCCAUGCACUCGCGAGGGGAAUCCAUGGCAUCGAAACCCACUCCCCAAACCGACGAAGAGGACAUUGGAAAUUUGAAUAUUGUUCCCCCACCACCCGAGUACGAUCAUCUCGAAUGGGGUGAUGCGCCCGCCUACGAAAGUCCCACGCGAGAACGAGCCGAUGACUCCAAUCGCCCGCCGCCUCUCCUGACACGUCUACCAUCGAUCCACGUCAACAUCGCCAGUCCUAUUACUAUUUCGCCGGUAUUUCCGUCAGGACUGCCGUCGCGAGAGGAUGAAAACCGCACGCCGACCCCGCCUGACCCUACGAGUAUUCCGGCACCAAGCGACGUUUCGGAUACUCAAGAGGAGCAUACAGGAUCCACUGACAGCCACCCUCCUGUUUCACGAUGA